CGAAGUACGGGGCGUGAAACAUCAUUCCCGACACAUCCCCUGGUCUCUCCUGAUCUCCUGGCAAUCAUAUCCAAGAUGUUGAGGUUCUCGGUGCUGCUUCUGGUCGCGACGGCAUCAGCACAAAUCCCUUCGCUAGGAUGGUGUCCUGAUUAUCAGCCCAUGGCUAACUUCAACGUGAACCGCUUUCUGGGCGCAUGGUACGAAGCGGAGCGAUACUUUACUGUCGCAGAGUUGGGUACCAGAUGCGUCACCACUAAGUACGAGAGUACUCCUGAAGGCAGAAUACUUGUCUCUAAUGAGAUCACUAACUCGUUAACUGGAAUGAAACGCGUGAUGGAAGGAUCGCUUCAGAUGAUUGGCAGAGAGGGUGAGGGUCGUAUGAUUAUAAAGUACCCAGCAAUGUCUAUGCCUAAUGACAAUGAAUACAGCAUCCUUGAAACCGAUUAUGACAACUACGCAGUCAUGUGGUCCUGCAGUGGCAUCGGGCCAGUGCACAUCCAAAACGCUUGGAUCUUAACAAGAGAGCGUCUCGCGCCAUCAUUGGUAAUGCAAAGUGCAUACGCUGUGUUGGACCGCUACAAGAUCUCCCGAACUUUCUUCGUGAAGACCAAUCAGGCAGAUUGCAGUAUCCUCCCUAACCCAGCUGCCGAUCCCAUGGAAAUAAAAAAUAAUGUCAUUGAAGUCAUCAUGGAUGCUAAAAAUGCUCCAGUAUCGAAAAUCCCUGCAGAUGAUGUUCCAACGGUUGACGACAAAAUAAAGCCAGAAGUAAAGUCUGAAAUUCCGCAAGAACGUUCUGCCAUUCCUGAAAUUCCUGCUGAACCCCAACCGAUGAUGUUGCCAGAAAUCUCCGAGAAAAAAGACGAGAAGAUGGAUAAGCCAGAAGAAAUGAAAGAUGAAAAACCUGAAAUGGAAAAAGAUAUCAAGCUAAAACAAUAAAUAGCUUUUAUUGAGUACAAUAGUAAAAAACAAUUGUGUGGACUAUUAGUAUCGGAACAGUAUGACUAGCUCUUUAAGGCUUCUGUACCAAAUACAUCGUCCGACAUUUACUAAUGUCAAUCAAAUAAUUUUAAAAACUCUACUGAUGAAAUAAAUAAAACGACGACAAGAAAUA